UGGGCGACUCGCCUGCCUGGUGUUCGUGGCUGGCUGGCUGGCGCGCGGAGGGAAGGAGGUGGAGCUGCACGUGAUCAGCCACCGCGGCCCCGGUUGGCAGUCGAGCGAGCAGAGCGGUUGGUUCUGGCUCGGACCGGCUGGGGCUGGUUUUCCCCGCGCAAGCGCAGCCUGCCCCGGUUAGAGAGUAGGGAAGGGCGAUGGCGGCCGACGGGAGUCCUUCAGCGGGCCUGGCUGGGAUGGUCGAGGAGACGCGGGGGGAGCCUCAGGGCACGCCCGGCCCAAGCCCUGUACCUGCCGCCGCCGCCUCCCCAAGUGAGUCGCCCCCUACGAGAACCGACCCGACGGCCCCGGAAACGGAUCCUGGCACCGUCGCCGGACCUGUGGGCAAUGGGGGUGCGCGGCGGUUCCUCUGCGGCGUCGUAGAAGGAUUUUAUGGACGACCUUGGGUUAUGGAACAAAGGAAGGAACUUUUUAGAAGACUUCAGAAAUGGGGAUUAAAUACAUACUUAUAUGCACCAAAAGAUGAUUACAAGCACAGGAUGUUUUGGCGAGAAAUGUAUUCUGUGGAGGAAGCGGAGCAGCUCAUGACUCUGAUCGCAGCUGCUCAAGAAUAUGAAAUAGAAUUUAUCUAUGCCAUCUCUCCUGGGCUCGAUAUUACUUUCUCAAACCCCAAAGAAGUGUCUACAUUGAAACGCAAGCUGGACCAGGUUUCUCAGUUUGGUUGCAGAUCCUUUGCACUCUUGUUUGAUGAUAUUGAUCAUAAUAUGUGUGCAGCAGACAAAGAAGUGUUCAGCUCCUUUGCCCAUGCCCAGGUUUCAAUCACAAAUGAAAUCUACCAGUAUCUUGGAGAGCCAGAAACAUUCCUUUUCUGUCCCACAGAAUACUGUGGCACUUUCUGCUAUCCAAACGUUGCUCAGUCUCCCUAUUUACGAACUGUGGGAGAGAAGCUGUUACCUGGAAUUGAUGUGCUAUGGACAGGUCCCAAAGUGGUAUCUAAAGACAUUCCAGUAGAGUCUAUUGAAGAGGUUUCAAAGAUAAUUCGCAGAGCUCCAGUCAUCUGGGACAACAUUCACGCUAAUGACUAUGAUCAGAAAAGGCUGUUUCUUGGGCCGUAUAAAGGUCGAUCAACUGAACUCAUCCCACGUUUAAAGGGUGUCCUGACCAAUCCAAAUUGUGAAUUUGAAGCCAACUUUGUUGCUAUUCACACCCUUGCAACCUGGUACAAGUCCAACAUGAAUGGAGUAAGGAAAGAUGUUGUGAUGACUGACACUGAAGACAGCACAGUUUCAAUUCAGAUUAAACUGGAGAAUGAAGGGAGUGAUGAAGAUAUAGAAACAGACGUUCUCUAUAGCCCUCAGAUGGCCUUGAAAUUGUCAUUAACAGAGUGGCUACAGGAAUUUGCAGUACCUCAUCAGUACAGCAGUAGGCAAGUGGCCCACAGUGGGGCUAAAACAAAUGUUGUAGAUGUACCUCUGGUUGCACCAUCCUCUUUAAAUUCUACCACCGUGGUUACUACAGUUUACCAAGAGCCCAUAAUGAGUCAAGGAACUGCAUUGAGCAGCGAGUCUCAAGCUCUGGCCAAAGAUGAAGAGGAUGAGCAGGAAGAGAAGAAGCAGUUGGAUGAGGAACCAAUGGACAUGGUGGUAGAAAAGCAAGAGGAUGCUGACAAGAAUAUCAAUCAAAUAUUGACUGACAUUGCUGAAGCAAAAAUGUCAGAGGAGUUAAAACCAAUGGAUACUGACAAAGAGAGCAUGGCUGAAUCAAAAUCUCCAGAGAUGUCAAUGCAGGACGAUUGUGGGAGUGAUAUUGCACCUAUGCAGACAGACGAGCAAACCAACAAGGAGCAGUUUGUGCCUGGCCCCCACGAGAAAGCCUUGUAUGCAAUAGAGCCUGUGACUCUAGAAGAUCUACAGUUACUUGCAGACUUGUUCUACCUUCCAUAUGAACAUGGGCCCAAAGGGGCGCAAAUGUUACGAGAGUUUCAGUGGCUCAGAGCAAAUAGCAGUGUUGUCAGUGUGAAUUGUAAAGGAAAGGACUCUGAAAAGAUUGAAGAAUGGCGUGCUCGGGCCACUAAGUUUGAAGAGAUGUGUAGCUUGGUGAUGGGCAUGUUCACUCGACUUUCCAAUUGUGCCAACCGGACAAUCCUCUAUGACAUGUAUUCGUACGUCUGGGACAUCAAGAGCAUCAUGUCAAUGGUGAAAUCUUUUGUGCAGUGGCUAGGGUGUCGUAGUCAAUCUUCAGCACAGUUCUUAAGUGGAGACCAAGAACCCUGGGCCUUUAGAGGUGGUCUAGCAGGAGAGUUCCAGCGUUUGCUGCCUAUUGAAGGAGCAAAUGACCUCUUUUUUCAGCCACCUCCUCUGACUCCAACUUCCAAAGUCUACACCAUCAGACCCUACUUUCCAAAAGAUGAGGUAUCCGUAUACAAGAUAUGCAGAGAAAUGUAUGAUGAUGGAGUUGAACAACCUUUCCAUAGUCAGCCAGACCUAAUUGGAGACAAGUUGGUAGGUGGCUUGCUCUCCCUUAGCCCAGAUUACUGUUUUGUCCUGGAAGAUGAAGAUGGCAUCUGUGGCUAUGCAUUGGGCACCGUUGAUGUAACUCCUUUCAUUAAGAAAUGCAAAAUUGCCUGGAUUCCUUUCAUGCAGGAAAAAUAUACCAAGCCCAGCAGUGAUAAGGAGCUAUCGGAGGCUGAGAAAAUCAUGCUGAGCUUCCACGAGGAGCAAGAAGUUCUGCCAGAAACAUUCCUUGCCAACUUCCCAUCACUGAUCAAGAUUGACAUCCAUAAAAAGGUGACUGAUCCAAGUGUGGCCAAAAGCAUGAUGGCUUGCCUGCUGUCCUCUCUCAAGGCAAACGGCUCCCGUGGGGCAUUCUGUGAAGUGAGACCAGAUGACAAAAGGAUCCUGGAAUUUUACAGCAAGCUGGGAUGCUUUGAAAUAGCUAAAAUGGAAGGAUUUCCUAAGGAUGUUGUUAUCCUUGGAAGAAGCUUGUAAGGAGGUUGUGAGUGAACUUUUGAUACUGUAGUCACCUAACUGUUGGAGAGUGGUGAGCCUGAGGUUUAUCUUAUUGUCUGUCCAUGCAAAGGCAGCAGUCAGCUGGCCUGACAGGAGUUAUGAGAACAUUCACCUAUUACCCUCUCUGAGACGCUGCUCAAAACACUGUUUGGAAAACAGAUACUGGUCGUCCCCAUUUCCUGGUCUUAAGUGAAGUGCCAAGGAAUGCUGCAUAUGAUGUAGCCUCGGGAAGAGAUUCGCAUGAAUUCCCAGAGGUACUGGUGGCAGUUCCAUGGGUCCACCUCUGUAUUCAACAGAAUGGCUGUCUUCUCCAUGAAAUACUUGUCCCCUGUGUCAUGAAGUGAGAUGAAAGUGGGAUCCCUCCCUUUACAGAGGAAAGCAGGGUGUCUGUGUUGGUAAAUCACUAAAAGACUAACACUGACAACUCUAGGUUUUGUUGGCUGACAUACUUACUGAUAGGGAAAUGAAUGGCCAUCACCUGUAAAGAAUAUUGGUUAAGCUUUGUGCUUCGUAGGGAUAAACUGUGCAUUUGUCUGUGGCAAAGUCACUCAGUGGCAGAAGUGUAAAUUUCAGUGUGUAAAUAUAUAUAAACUCGCUGUAUGCUAACACAUUGUGUUUAAUCGUUUUGUAAUUCUUUUGCUUUCCAAAGCAAAGCGAUAUUGUUCUGAGGCAGCACUUUUGAAUAAUGUCUAACCACAAGAGAGGCCGGAGCCAACUUCACUACGGGCCUUUUCUGCUGUGCCUCAUGCCCUUCACUAAAAAAGCAGGUUUGGCAAAAGGGGAGUGCUGAUUUAGAAAGGUCAUUCCUUUAGCGGUUGAAUUCUCAAGAAGUGAAUACUGCCUCCUACUGCAGAAAAGCUGGUCAGAGGGCAAUCUAGUGAGAUGAUUAUUAUCACUGACAUCCAGGCAGCCAAUUGCCCACCCAAACUGGGUGGAUGAAAGAAGGAAUACUGUGACUUACAGCCCCUCCCCAGGUCAGUCAUUCUAAUUAAAUCAGGAGCAUUGAGUCAUGCCCGUUUGUGACAGACUUCUUCGUGGACAAAAAUAAGCACAUCUUACAACUUAUUUGAGUAGUUACCUACUUCUGUUAUUACUGCCUGUUCCAAACCUUUAAGGCUUUUACUGAAAUCUUACAAAUGAAAUCCGCAUGGCUAGGAGUUGUAAUAAGAAGGUGCAUUACUUGGGAGGAGGUAUUACUGUUCCAUUGAAUGCCUUGUUCCCAUGAGGCAAUCAGCCAACAUCACACCUCAUUUCUCUCACCUGCUACAAUCAACUACUUUUCUUCCUUUGGAAAAAAAAUAUUUUUAGGGAGGAUGCAAAUUUAGUUGAAUUUUUUUUAAAAAAACAACCCUCUCAAUCUGUAGAUUUUGAAGAAGUUUUAUACACUUUUUCAAAUGGCAAUUUACUGCCAAAGUAGGUUGCAGCCUCUACUGAGAAGCAGGUGUUUGGCCUUGGUUAUAGUUACACUCACAAGUAUUUGAUUUUCACUAUGUGAACAGUUUUAAUAGCAAAGUAUUUAAGCUGCAACAAGUACAUUUCACUUGGCGGGGUGGGUGGGGGGAGCCACUGAACUAUUAUGAUAGAGCUUGUGUAAUUCCAAGCUGGCUUUCAUGAGUUUUCUAUGGCUUUGUGUGUAUGCAAAGCAUCUAGCCACUUGGUUUAGUUUUAAUUAGAUGCCAGGGGGGAAAAACUUUUAUCUGGAUUUAUGGCAUUAUACAUUUUGAGGGAGGGGGGUAUCUUUGAUUUUUAUACAGUUAACACAAUUUCUCUUAUCACUGUUUUAAGUUAGUUGUGUGAUAGUCCUGAAAGUCUGGGCCAGCCCCUUGUUCUGGGGCUAUAAAGCAAUGCAUUGACACAGCUUUCAUGAUUAUCAGUUUUCAUUGCGUACAGUUGGAAUGCCACUUUCAUGACCGUCUUUAGACCUACUGUAUCUGUAGCAGAACAACGGACUGCGUAAAAUUGUAUUUGGAGACCAUGUGAGAAAUAGAAUAAAUUGCAAAGUGAAUGUAAAAACGCGUCUCUGUAUAUUGUUACAGAA